AUGAGUCUUGUCACUACACGCACCACCGCCCACGAGGCGUCCACACAGGCACGUCUGCCUCUGAAGCACCAUGCGCCCUCAUACCAUCUGAAGGCUCGCGGGUGGAUGAACGAUCCGUGCGGUCCAGGUUACAACCCCAUCACGAAAACCUAUCACAUCUUUUAUCAAUGGAAUCCGUAUGGUUGUGAGUGGGGCAACAUGUCUUGGGGUCAUGCAACGAGCCAAGAUGGUUUGCGUUGGACACAUGCUCCCUCAGGCGAGCCCGCACUCAAACCGAGUGAGCCCUACGACAAGGAGGGCAUCUUCACUGGUUGCUUCUGGCCCACCGGACCUCACGGCGAGAAAGACCAACUCACCGUCGUCUACUCGUCCAUUGCCGCCCUGCCCAUCCACUGGACCUUGAAGCAUAUACGCAACUCCGAGGGCGUGUCGCUCGCUACUUCCACCGAUGCUGGCAAGACGUGGCAGAAGAGCGAGCUCAACCCCAUCCUUGUGGGCGAGCCCGAGGGCGUCGAAGUUACCGGCUUCCGCGACCCGUUCCUCGCCGAGUGGCCUGCGCUCGACCGCAUUCGCGGCGAGAAGAGCCUCUACGGCUUCUUGUCCGGCGGCGUCGUCGGCAAGGGCCCCACGGUGUUCUUGUACGCCAUCCAGCCUGAUAACCUCACGGAGUGGAAAUAUCUCGGUCCCCUCGUUGACCUAGCGCCCGGCUUCCGCGCGCCCGGUUCCUGGACGAGCGACUUCGGCGUCAACUGGGAAUGUGUCAACUUUAUCAGCCUGCAAGAUGGUGCCCACGAGCAAGAUUUUCUUCUCAUGGGUACGGAAGGAGGCGUCAAGCCCAGGUACAAGGAGGGCGAUGAAGAGCCCCUUGGCCAGUGGUCAUCGUGGUUCUCCGGUUCGGUAGAGCAGACUGCGGCCGGCCCACGUCUGCGGCACGAGUUUGACGGUGUUCUGGAUCACGGCAGCCUGUACGCGCCCAACUCUUAUGUUCAUCCUGAGACGCAAAAGAGGAUCACGAUAGGCUGGGUUCGAGAGGAUGGCCUGCCAAUGAGCCGUUGCAAAGCGAGGGGCUGGACGGGUUUCUUGUCCCUGCCACGGGAACUGUUCCUCUCCACGACACACAACGUGACCAGGGGCCUGAAAUCACCAAUCGAGGACAUUCGUUCUUUCAAGGUUCUGGAGAGCGGCUCGGGUGGAAAGACUGUGCAGACGCUGGGAAUCAAGCCCAUGGACGACCUCCGAACACUGCGCCCCUCCCGUCCGGCAGAGUGGUCAUCUCUCGGCCGGACGAGCGCUGCCGGCAUCCUGCGAGAGCGGACCCGCAACCAUAGCUGGGAGCUCGACGCUGUGAUCACAGUCGACCCCAAGCAGAAGCGCGUCGGUUUCAAUAUCUGCCAAAGUCCCGACGGCGUGCAGAAGACGACUGUGUACUUCAUCCCCCAGGCCGAGCAGAUUGUCGUUGACAAGAGUCUCUCCAAUACCGAGGCGGAUGUCGACAAGUCGCUUCUCGACGCGCCCUUCACACUUCUCUACUCGCUUGAAAAUGGGACGGAGAAGCUGGAGAAGCUUCGCUUGCGCAUCUUCCGUGACGGAGACGUACUUGAGGUCUUUGCCAACGAUCGCUUUGCAUUGACCACAACAGUGUACUGCGACGAUUCGUGUGCGGGCAUCAACUGGUUCCUCGAUGACGAGGGGUCACACAGCGUGUUUGAUUCGGUCCAGCUGUGGGAGGAUAUGGCCGGCACGCAGGGACAGGUGCUUGAUAUUGGACAGCCUCAUCUGUAA